CGCCUCGUCGGCUCGCCACUCCUGAAGAAAAUGACCGUCAGGCCCGACGAGCCACACAUCCUCAGCUACAAGGCCCAAUCCGAGUUGUGGAUCGACGGAGACGAGUUCGGCACCCGCAGGCACGAGAACGCGUCCCACUCCGCAUCGCCCGCCAUCACAAACUCCCCGAGCUCACCAAGGCGCGGCCAUCGCCGCUCGCCCUCCAUCGUCGGAGCGCACAGUCCGCGCUCGCGCUCGCGCUCACCACCCCCGGCACCCAUGGUCGCGUCUCCUCCACCGCCCGUGCCGCCCAUCCCAUCCUUCGCGCUCGCCUCCCCCGGCGCAAAGCGCUCCGUCCUGCACACCUCGCCCACACAUCCGCAGAUCCGCAUCCCCGAUCUCAACCCGGCGUCGCGCAUCGCACUGAUCUCGCCGUACAAGCGCACCAGUGGCUCGCGCUCGACUGCGCCAUGACCUUGACGCGCCCACACGCUGCGGCGCACUAUGCCUUUCCCUCUUCCGUGCAUGCACGAUGAUUCUUUUGGGGCACACCUGCCUCCGGCGCUUUGUC